AUGCAGCGCCUGCUUUCCAAACGAAGGAGCUCACGGCGUGAGCGCCUUCGGCAACGGAAAUCCAGCUUCUCUCAGCGCCUCUCGGUGCUGCUCAGUCGAGCGAGCGUAGGCUUGCGGAACAUAAGCUGCGAGAGCCCACAUGCUGCCCUGGUGUGGCUCCACCAGGUGAUAUCGGCGAGCAUUGAAGCUGACGGGCUUGUCGUGCAUGUCCAGCCAUCGUCCCCGCAGCUCCCGGUCGCCCUUCUUGCCGGCCAGCAUCGCGGUAGAGUCGCCCUCGUCGUCUUCGAUCCACACUCGCCCCCCGGUGUAAUCGCCGAGAGCCAAAGCAUGAUUCAAGUGCCCUGGCAUGUUCUGAAUGUCACGGUGCAGGCCCAUGAUGACGCCCUGGGGAGUGAGAGCCCCUUCGUUGCCGUGGGCCACCGAAUCAGCGGUGGUUCCAACGAUCCUCACUGGGCACAUCGAGCUGUGGGUGCAGAGCACGGCGAGAUGGAUGGUUGGGCGGCCGAUGGGUGGCCGCAGGCUGGCGAGGUGCAGCUGGCUUUUACAUUUGCGGGCGAGUGGCAGCCUGCAUGCGAGGACUUGCCUUCCGGGAUCUGCAACUUGGAGGGUGGGGCUUACUUAGGUUCCUUCCUGUAUGCUGGUUCAACGGGGAGUGUGUUGCCGGGUUUGAUGUUUCAAUCCAGGGGACUUCUGAUCAAUCAGUGCACAGUCUCUUGGCCUGUUUGCCGGUGCAUACGCUACCUCACGAGCUACCGAGGGAUGCGGGUAGGAGAAGCCUCGCAUCCAGGGCCAGGUCAGAAUGCACAGAAAUGGAAGCGGGCGGCGCAACAACAGGCUGCCCAGCUAAAGCAAAUCAUGCAGCUGCUCCAAGCCCUUCUUGGUUGCAUAAAGGGCGGCGGCAUUGCUGAGAUUGGGCCUAGCGAUUGGCAUGGCACAGUGCUUCCGUAUGAGAAUUUGGAACAGGAGCUUCGCAAUCGUGGCUCGGGUCCCAUUGUGGUUUUGGUGGGCAGCGCUCAGGAGGCCGAUGUGGCGGCCCAACUCGUUGCCGGCCACGGCCGACAUGCAGCUUGGAUUCUUUAUCGUGAGCGGCAAGCCCAGCUCACGGUACCAAUGAUGACAGGAGGCCAGUUGCGGCCUCAGCAUGUUUGUUGUCAGUCUGUGCCGUGCUUGGGUGUUGCGUUUCCUUCUCUGAAGUCGGCCCCUCGCCCGAAGGCGGCCCCCACUAACGCUACAUGUCCGAUGCGAGUCAUUGUUUGCUCUUCGCUUGCUGCCGAAAGCUUGUGGAAAUCCGCGGCCAGUCAGCCUCGACGUUUCCUUCAGGAUUGGGUCAAGCAGGUUUUGCCGGGGCAGCUCCGUGGGGUGGUUCAGGACUCAUGGGGUUUUGCCGAGGGCCAGCGUUCCGGGAACAAGGUUGUUACCGGACUUAUUCGUAUUGAUACUGCAGUUGUGAUUCCUUUGCUGGCGGUGUCAGGCCGACUUGGAGUAUUCUUGGAGCCCGUAGCCCACCAUCCCGCCUACCCCAAUGCGGUCGUUGAUUGGCAAAGGCCGGCGCCGGGUGAAUCGUGGGCUCAACUGUGCCAGAGACUAGGGGAGCAGAAGCCCGCUUACGGUUUGGUGUUGGGGGGGCGGCAGCUCGGCCUUAGGCGAGCCCCGGGGGCAGAUUACGCGCCCAAGACCUUGUGGCAGAUAGUCGGAACACCCGUGCAUUGGUCCGACUCCUUUCUGCGUGAGCUCAUCGUUGGCAAGACACCGGCGGCAUCUGCUGAAAUUCUCAGGCGUCAGGUUCGAGGUCGUAGGUGCACGUGGUGGGUUCGCGCCGCCAUUCCGGGAGGAGAGGAUGCACAUUGCUUGGUCGCUGCGGAAGGGGCACAGGAGCUAAACGUUUGGAUGCUCCCCUCCACCGCUAAGCCCCCCCCAAGAAAGCCAGGUAGGCCCAUUGUCCAGCAGGGGGCCUUCUCUUUGUUUAGGGCGCCUUUUGAGCAGGUUGACAGGCCCAGCACCGCCAUUCCCGUUUCAGAUGACUUGGAGGUCGAUGCCGAUGGUGAUGGUGAUGCUGAUGCUGGGACUCGGCCCUCGCCACCGCCUAAGCGUGCUGCGGCCAACUUCGUAGCACGUGUACUGCCGGAGGGAGCGCAGGUCCACCCGGUACCGGGAGACGGGGCCUGCUUCUUUCAUGCGGUCUCUAAGGCCCUUGAGGUGUUGCAUGAUCGCAAGGUUUCGGCCGCACAGGCUCGAGCGGAGACGGUAGCGCACUUGAGGAGAUAUCCUGAUGCUUACAUUGGUUUUUGGGGCCAUGUGGACGACCACGGACAGUUCGUUGAAAGCUACUCGGACUAUCUUACCAGAAUGGCGUCGGCAGACGCAUGGGCCGGCCACAUGGAAUUGGUUGCAUGUGCAAAAACCUUGAAGAUCUGUCUGCUCAUAUUGCCGGAAGAUACCUCGAGAAUCACAUGUUGCUUUGGUAAUCCUGCCCAUCCCCCGGUAGCUCUCUUCCAUACCCGCAAUCAUUACGACUUGAUUCUGCCAUCGGAGGGCACUGUGUAUCCAGGUGUUAUCAUGGACAUAGCCAAGGAGGGGCCUGAUCCCCACAUUCCGCGAGCAGGAUCCUCGGCGCCAUCGUCGGCUCCAUCAGGCCUUCGUCCAUUUGUUGCGGGGCGGGGACGCCCGCUUAGCACUCCUUCCAUUGCUUCUUCUGCGCCCACGGCUUAUCGGCUCGCUAGGGCUAGGCAGCCAAAUGCUGAAUGUCAGUAUGCGGUUACUCCGCCGGCGGGUGACUCAAACCGUGGUGGGGACGGUGCUGUCAAUGUUGAGCGUUCUUCUAGUGCUUCUGCAUCGGUUCACAACGCGUCGAUUCCUGCCCCAACCACGCCCGAGAUGAUUGCUGAUCUGCCUGAUGACUGGAAGUGCGACUGGUGUGACUUUGUGGCGAAGGCCCCCAGGUUGCCUGAGUUUCGGGUUCCGGCGGCAGCUGAUGUCGUGGCGUGGUCCAAUGCCCCCAAAGCCACCCGAGCCGUCAUUUCUGCGGCUACGGCCCGCCGCUUGCUUAAGCACCGCUCGGGAGGAUUUGGCAAUCACCAGGAGAUUGAGUUUUAUCGCAUCCCGUGGAUGGGCUCCAAGCACAAGAAGGCCAGGGCUUCGCGCAUGGUGUACGUUUGCACGGCUUGUAUGCAGACUGCUGAUACGCCCAAUCGCAUCAAGAGUUUGACAUGUGUGCGGGGUCCGGGCUCUAGCCCUCGUGCGGGCUUCAUCGCACGGCUGCGCAAAUGCAUUACUGAGGAUCACCCGAGUGAGCUGCUUGAUGGUGCCCGUGCUUUGUUGGAUAGGCUCACUGGCGACGCUCCGUCGGCUCCCCGCCGCUUCACUGGCAAGCGCAAGCCACCGCCGGCUUUGCGCAAACAUGAUAUCCUCGCCUUGGCAUGGCCCACCGUGUGGCGGCGUGCUUACACUUUUCGGCUGCGCUUCAUCUGCAAAGUUUGCUGCGCUAGUCAGUCCACGCGUGCCAACCUUGGGAACCGCCCCUGUGGUGUGACUGUGCGUGGCGCCGCCCGGCUCAGGCGUCAACUUGAGGAUGCGGUUGGUGCUGCUGGUCUUCGUGAUGAUCCGGUCGUCGCGCACGGCUUGCGCAUCAGGUCUGACACUGUUGCCGUUGACACUCUUCGCUUGGGCACGCUCAACGUUGCCACUCUUGCGGGCCGUGUUGCCACCGUCAUUGCUUUGUGUGUCACGCUGGGAUUGGACAUCUUGGCGCUGCAAGAAACUCGUGUGCCUCAACACUCGCGUGCUUCGGUUGAGGCGGCUUUUGCUAAGGCGGGCUGGCAUUGCACUUUGGGCCCGUCUGCGGUGUCCACCGAUGGCAAGCCUUUGUACGGCACUGCCAUUGUUUCCCGUGUGCCAGUUGUUCCGUUUGCUUUGCCGGAGACGUUGCUGCCACAGGGUCGUGGUUGCGGGGUCCGUGUGCAUCGCGCGGUCGGUCGUCCGGUGCUUUGCACUAACCUUUACCUUCCUGCUUCCUCUGAAACACAGGCCGCUUCGCACCUGCGUGACGUCUUUUCCUUUCUUGCGUCCACCGGCGAGGAGUGUGUUUUGCUUGGUGACUACAACCUCACGGCGCAACACGCCCCACUCUCUGAGGUGAGGGCUUUGGGCACCUGGAGGUUAGCUGACGAGGUUGUUUUGGGUGACUGUGUUAUGCCUCCCACGCGUCGGGACAAGCAUGGCCAACCUUGUGGAAGAUGCGUGGACUUCGCUCUUUCCACUGCGGGCCUUCCGGCUUUGGCUCGUCAGCAAAACCGCGGUCCUGCGGAUCACGACUUGGUGUCAUACGACUUUUCUUUUGCCCGUGACCUUCGGUCGGUUCCUCGUGCUCCGGGCCGCCUGCCUUUGGUCUCUACCGCGGGCAGAUUCGAUUUUGUCCAAAUCAGUGGCCUUAUCGUGUAA